UCUCCGUCCCACCCCCGCUCCAUCGAGUGGUUCGUCCCGGGGCGGGGGCGGGAGGAGGCCUCUCGCGAGUCGAGUGGAGCCUCCAUGCGCAGUGCUAGUCUACCUUGGAGUCCGAGUUGUUUAAGAGAAGCGGCAAGGCCGGCUGCUGCCUUCCGACCCUGCCUGAGGGCUUCCCAGAGGCACGUGGGCGGACUGGCGGUGGUUGGAGGCAGGAUCCUGGGCUGGACGGACCCGUGUGCUUCCAUGCAAUUGUCAGCACCUGCUCUUAGUAUUAGCGGCAAAUGCGAUGACAACUAAUUGCUUAGACCAGGGGUUCUCAAGCUUAGACCCCCCGAUGUGUUGGACUUCAAUGGCUGGAGGCAGGGGAUAAUGGGAAUUGUAGUUCAACGUCAUCUGGAGAUCUGAGGUCACGGUCCACUGGCUUAGAUGGUGUUAAAAGGGGUUAGACCAGGCCUGCUCCGCUUUGGCCCUCCGACUGUUUUUGGACUACAGCUCCCAUAAUCCCCAGCCACAGUGGCCAAUUGCCAGGGAUUAUGGGAGUGGUAGGCCAACACCUGCAGGAGGGCCGAAGUGGAGCAGCCCUGGGUUAGACCUUGUUGGUGGACUUCAGCUCCCAUAAUCCACAAUGGCCAGGGGAUGAUGGGAGUUGUGGUACAACAAAAUCUGGGGACCUGAGUUUAGAUGAAUUCAGGAGGAGGAAGGUCGAUCACUGGCUGUUAACACAAUGGCCAACGAAACAGAUGCCGCAUGUCCCCCUGAAGAGCAGUCUUGCUGGGGUCAGAGGCAACAAUGUGGAGAGGGUCUAUCAUCUUCAAGCCCUGCUUGUGGGAUUGUUAAUAAACAAUUACUAUGUGCUUGUUAUUUCUACUGUCUGGCCUUGAAUCAAUUUGCCCUCCUACUUUUCAAACGUUUUGAAAAAUCAGCCCUGGACAAAUGCUCCAGUGACACAGUCCCAUGCCAUGGGAGUGCUGCCGUCACUGAAGAUGUAAAAAGAAUAAUUGUGUUGUUGAGUCGGUGUCGACUCCUGGCGCCCACAGAGCCCUGUGGUUUUUCUUUGGUAGAAUACAGGAGGGGUUGACCAUUGCCUCCUCCCACGCAGUGUGAGAUGAUGCCUUUCAGCAUCUCCCUUUAUCGCUGCUGCCCGAUAUAGAUGACUACAAAUAUAUUUACUACACAGUCUGGGAAGCACCCCAGUGGGGAUUUGAACUCACAGUCUCUUGCUCCCUAGGCAAGCUGCUUUCCCCGGAGCUGAGGUGAAUAAUGCAAAACAUUAAACAACAAAACCAAAAUGUGGCUUAGAGUAACAGAGUUGGAACUUGGGGCCUUGGAGAUCUUCUAGUCCACCCCCUUAGCUUAGUGCGGGAAUUCCUGACAGAUGGCUGUUAAGGCCCUGGAAGCCUCUAGCAAAGGAGCGCCCCCCCCCCCCCCGCACGAGACAAACUGUUCCACUGUCCUCUUACUGUUGAGUUCCUUGCUGGGCAGCACUCGAAACAGCAGGUGUGUUCCCGGGGGGAAGAAUUCUCGCUUUCCCUGUGACAAAAUGCUUCCGCUUGAGAGUUAGGAAGUGGGAUAUCUACCACAGAAGCACUUGCUUGAAAGGAGACAUCUUGGACCUCUUCCUUGGAAAAGAGCAACGGCUGCAUAUUAAUUGUGCUCGGCCGGCUUGUACUACUUGGCGGAGCUCAUAGAAGAGUACACGGUAGCAACCAGCAGGAUCAUCAAGUACAUGAUCUGGUUCUCCACCGCUGUGCUGGUUGGGCUGUACCUCUUUGAACAGUUCCCAGGUGUCAUGAUUGGCGUGGGCCUCUUUACCAACCUGGUCUACUUUGGAUUGCUCCAGACCUUCCCUUUCAUCAUGCUUACCUCUCCAAAUUUCAUAUUGUCAUGUGUGCUGGUUGUGCUGAACCACUAUUUGGCGUUCCAGUAUUUUGCAGAAGAGUAUUACCCCUUCUCGGAGCCGGGGAGAACGUGCUGCCUUCCACGAUGCAGCCGGGAGACGAUGUGGUGUCGAACUACUUCACCAAAGGGAAGAGGGGGAAGCGCUCGGGCAUCCUCAUCAUCUUCUCCUUCAUUAAGGAAGCCAUCUUGCCCAGCCGCCAGAAAAUCUAUUGAUCCUGCCCUUGCCCCUCCGUGCCCCCGUGGGAGUGUGAUGACCCUGAGCCCAGCAUUCUCCUCUCCCUCCUGUCCAUCCAAGGGACGUGUUUGGGGCAGGCACACCGUAAAAUGCCCGGCGGACAACACAGACUUUGGCAGCCCAGACUUGGGCAUGGAUGUCUUUGGGGCCACGCGGUUCCCCUCAGCUUGCUAGUGAGACGGCCAUGGUCCAAGGAGGUGGGGAAGCCUUAUGGAACUUUGGAUCCCGUCCCUCCUGCAGCCUGGAUGGAGCCUUAGGAUGAUCUGGCAUUGUCUGUUAAGACUCCAAGCCAAAAUGUUUCCACAGAAGGUGCGUCAUUCGUGGACAACUUAAUGAAGUUGAAAUGGACUUAAGAAUGCACCCACAACCCCACCAGAAUUAUUCCAAAGCAUUUCUGGGUAGAAAAUUGUCAGUGGCAGAGAUUGGACUGCUACAGGCACUCCUUGUCAAAUACAUAUCUGACAUUGUGGCAGAGAGACUGGCAGAAGUCCUGACUCCUGCAUCUCUUGCAGAAGACAUUUCUGGAAACAAAGCUGUGAUUAGCCUUUGUGUGGAGGAAUCGUGCCCUCAUCAGCCAGGAAUUGGGAAUCUGCUUUCCCCCACUUUUUACUGGGAGUUGUUUUUGCAGAUGUUUUAGAGCCUCUACAGACUUUUAUUGGCUGAUCUGGAGAGGAUGGUUUGCACAGACUUCCUCAAUCUCCAUCUUUAGCUAGAUAACUGAAAAUGCUGUUCAGAACUGAAGAAAGAUGGCAUAUCCCCCUCUUGCAAAGGUUUCACUUGUCUGGGACCUACAGUGCCGAGUCAAAAACAUGCAGCACAAAUAUCUGAGGAUAUUGGGGAAGAGGACAAAAACCUUUUGCAAAGAAAUGGAGAGAGGCUGCUGAUUAUACCUGCAAAGAUUUUUGUUAAAGGACAGAAUCUACUUGCCCGGCUUCUGAAGAUUCUUCCAGGCACCUGGAGGUCUGGGUCACUCGAGCAGCUGAAAGGAAGAUGAUUGCUACAGACUGUGGUGUGGAUUCUGAUGACGAUAUCAUUUUGUUCUCUUUUAAAUUAAUGGAGGUUUGAUUUCUGUUUGAGCACACAAUCUGUGUUAAUAAAGGUGUUAGAUAAAA